ACUAUAGAUUAAUAGAUAAUUACAUUGUAAUUGUUAUGACCCACGUUCCCAACGGCUAAAACCCAACGUCUCUCUCUUUCUAGCUCCACUUUUUCCUCACCAAACUUCCUCUCACUGUUUUAUUAGCAGUAAUCUCUCUUGCCCUGUUUUCCUUCUUUCAAGUCAAAUUUAUUUGUACAUAAGAACUCUAACGCUCCAGUUUUCCUUGUUGUCUCUCACUGAAAAUAACUUUUCAUCCUCAUCUAGCAUUUCUUUGGGGUUAGAAAUCAUUCACGCCUAACAAUCCAAAUUCUGUCUCUUGUUCUGUUCUGUGUUUGGGUUAAUUAGAUAAUUAUUCACUGUUUCUUUGUUGUCUUUUUGUUGUUUGUUUAAUUUGAUGUGCUUGCUCUGUUUUUCUUUUCCCUUAGGUUUAUUUCGUUUAGGAUUCCAAAUAUAGUGAGCAGAAAUGGUUGGCAACCUAUUUUUGUGGAUAACAAAUGUAGAAGGCCUGUAAAUAGCUCCUCCUCAUGUUUUUGUUGGGUUGUAAUGUUUGUCCUUUUUGGGAUUUUCCCAGUUUGUAGAAAAAGAUAGAUCCCAUUUGUGAACCCCCCCAAAAAAAAAAUUGUGAGGUUGGAUUGUAUUGAAGCUUCACAUCUUCAACUUCUCCUCCACCUCCUCACCCUGGCUCUUUUUUCUUCCAAAUGGCUUGUUCUUCGUUGAUUCUGAUAUAUUCAAUGAAUAAUAUCAGAGAUUGAAUUAAGGAGGGUAUACGGGUUGGAAUUCAGAAAACAGAAUCAGAAGACAUCAAGUAUGGCGUCUUCGCAAGUGGAAAUCGCUUCGUCUUCUCCGUUCGGUUGUGUUUUGAGGGAUCAUAAUCGUAGAGAUGGGUGUAGAGAAAGUCAUUCCUUUCAGAAAAGAUUCAAGAACUUGGUCAGGGAUCAUCUACACACUUGCAUUUCACUCCCUGCCGAUGAAAAUUCUCUUCUUCCUAAAAAGGAAGAGAAAACCAGUCAGAACCAGAAUAAAAUUGAAAUAUCUAAGGACAGAGACGAAUUUUCAUCUAGUCAAUGUCCAUGGCGGCGUUCACUGUCAGCUAAAAGAACAACAACAACAGCCGCCUUGAUUGAAAGUAAGCCCCAAGAGGCUGACUUCUCGUCGGCAUUGUCAACUUCAAAUACGCCGCGAGCAGCUCUGCCUCGAUCGGAUAGUCUAGCCGGAAUUCAAAAUCUCGGUGCUUCUUCUCUCGUUCAGAUUUGGGAAAAGAGAUUGAACCGCUCCAACAGCGAGAAUCAAAGCUCAUCGUCCACCACAAGCCGGUCAGAUUACGGGCUGAGCUGUAACGAGAAUUCAGCUCCUCCGGUAGAAGAAGAGGAAGAAGAAGAAGCACCAAGAGGCUAUGAAGCAGGGAGCUCUGCUCUCGACACAGGGCAGGCGAAUGAAGAAUCAUUGGCGGAUUGGAGUGGUCAGAAUUCUCCUGCUCGUAGCCAAAACUCAGACGCAGGGGAAAGAGAGACAGUCAAAGUAGCUGAUAUCAUCAAGAGAUUAACGGCUGCAAAUCAUGGGCAGCCUACUAACACUACUUUAUCAUCAUCCUCUUCUUCCUCUUUCGAUAAUGAUCGUGAGCCGUUGAGCUCGCCACAAAGAGAAGUGGACCGCACCAUGGCAAGUGAUCAUAUUUUAGAGCACCGUUUAUUCUCCCCAAGGAUCAGAGGGCGGCAGGCAUUCACGGAUUUGCUUAUGCAGAUGGAAAGGGAAAGGCAUGCUGAGCUCAACAGGUUGGUGGAACGCGCUGCAGUUUCUAGAUUUACCCAGAAAGGUCGAAUUCAGUCCAUGCUUCGACUUAGGUUGCUAAAACGUGGCGUGGCAAUUCAAGAUCAGCAUCGUUGGCAGUUAACGUCACCUAAAGUUGAGAGGCUGCCUCAAGGAUCUUCCAUCCUGCAUCUCAGGGAGAAAUUUAGCUAUGGGGCAGAUCGAAGCACAACACUUGAGAGUGAAACAGCUGAUCCUAGAAGUCCUCAAAGUGAAAUAAGCAAGAAAGAUUCACAACAAGAACAAUCUUCUAUCCCUAAUAAGCUGGAAGAUGACUCACACACUCAAGAUGUUCAUUUUGUUGAGCAAGAGAACUCAGCUUUACAAGAAUGUUCUGCUGUGAAUACCACUGUAGAUCUUCCCAGUGAAACAUGCUCAGUGAAUAGAAAUAUUGAGUCACAAGAAACUGCAGAUUUAAGCACCUGUUUUGAUGGCUGCUGGAAUGGAAAUGAUGCUGCUGAAGAACUAGAAGAAAAUUAUUCACAGUAUGCAGACACCAGCUUCGACUGGAUCGCAGAUAUAUCUAGGCCUCGGAGCUAUUGGGAAGACCGCAGGCAGGAAUGGUACCAAGAGAUGCUGAAUUCUAACUCAGAAAAAGUUGAAAUUCGUCAACUACUUGAAAGAGGAACAGUAUCAAGCUUUCUUGCAAGUGACUUUCGAGAGAAAAUGGAUAGAUUAAUGGAGAGUCGCUUGGGAAGACUAACAAAUCCUGCCGGUAGUGAUGGAGGAGAAGAAAAGGAUGAUGAACAGCAUAGCCAAUUGACACCGUUUAUACAAGAACGUCAACUACAACAACAUGAGGAAGAAGAAUCAGAAGAGGAAGAAGAGAUUGAAGGAGAGAUAGAAAUUGAUGAGGAACCGGAAGUAGAACAUGAAGAAAGCCUCAUCAGUGGUCAAUAUCACGAAGCCAGUGAUUAUUUUGAUCAAUCAAUAUCAUCUCAGAAAAUCCCUUCACCACCACCUCUGUUAAGGUCUUGGAGUUAUAACGAAAUUGGUGAUGAUUCGGACCGGGCCUUUUCAACAUCUCCACGUCAAGAAUUCCCGUCUCAAUCUUACUAUAAUAUCUCCAGGCAUUGCUCUUCUUCUCGAAACCAUUCUUCAAUGGAAAUGGAUCUAAUUUUUGAACUAAGAGGACAAAUGGAGCAACUUAGUCGAGAGAUGUCCGAGCUAAGAAAUUCAUUAAAGAGCUGCAUGGACAUGCAGAUGAUGUUAAUGCAGCAAUCCAUGAAGCAAGAAACUCAAUCAGCAGAGGGGGUACCAAAGAAAGGAAACUGCCGCAUCUGCUACGCAAUGAAAGUUGACUCGCUUUUAUACAGAUGUGGGCAUAUGUGCACGUGCUUCAAGUGUGCACACGAGUUGCAAUGGAGCAGUGGGAAUUGUCCAAUAUGUUGUGCUCCAAUUGUUGACGUCGUACGGGCUUAUAUGGAUUCAUAGACUAACUCCCGAACGAGUUCUUGCUCCAGAGGACCGUCUCUUUCAUUCCUUAACGAAACAAAAUAAUUUCAAUAAUAAUAACGACAUGCAUUUGAAGAGAAAUUUAAUCGGUUCAUUUUGUUUCUUUUUUCUUAUAAAGAAUUAUAAAUAUUAAAAAAAAAGAACUCUCACUGAAUAUACGGCAGGACAUGGUUUGCUCUUUCUCACACAUAUGUUCUCUAUAUGUAAUUUGAGGAGAAUAUUUACAUUUCAUCAAGUAUCUUUGUAUUAUUAUUACUUUACUUUUCCUAAAACAUGAAUUCUCUGGUUCUGUAUAUGUAAUAUUUUCAUAAAUCUUAUUUAUGUAGGAAAACGACACUAACUUGUAUCCUUAUAAAGUUAAACAAUGAAAUAUUGCUUCUUUCAA